AUGAAUAUUGAUGCACCUGUUUCCAAGAUUUUUUGUGGAUCACUUUCCGGCAUUGCAAUAACAUCACAAGAUGAAGUCUAUUGUUGGGGAGAUAACGGCUCAGGUGAGACUGGAAUUCCAAGCUCAAGAGUUUCUAAUUGGACAAUGAAUCACGAUUUGUGCUAUAAGGAAAUUACCAAUGUUGGUAUUCACACCUAUCAAACCAUUAUCCUUACUCGUUCAGGACAAGUACUCAUUUGUGGAAAUAAUUCCAACAAUCAAUUGGGAGCAGUCAUGGAAACUAGUCAAGGUGUAAAAAGAAGUACUCAAUUAGAGGAAUUAUGUAGGAAAUUCUCAAACAAGACACCAUUUGUUACAGGAGGAUUUCAACACAUGAUUGUCUAUUUUGCUGAUGGUGGUAAGUAA